UAUUAUCUAACCCUUGAUAGUCUGCCAUCGUGACAGCUUAUUACCACAGCUGUACUACAUUGUAGUUAUAAAGUGACGUAAGGUCAUGACUAUUGUAAAAAUGAUACUGGUAUUAGUCGUCUUCGUGGGACUGGUCCAAAAGGCUUCUAUGUUUUUGGUACAACCGAAUACUAAAACGUCUCCACCAUCAUCAAUUAAAGAUUUCACCAGAGUUAUUGGUUCCAUAGACAGUAAUGAAACAGUUGUGACGUAUUUAAAUGGAAGUAUAUACGGCAGAUUGAACACAGGGCCGCUACAGAUGUUGUUUUUAUUUGAGGGAUAUAACAUAAACAGAAAGGUACCAUUACCAGACGGAAGUUAUCAGUCAUUAUCGCGUGAAUUUGUAGUAUAUCGUGAUAUACAUACCAGAAAAAUAAAAACAGUGUUCGAAAACCCAUUCAAUAACCUAACAAAUGAGGUUUUUCCUGUCGCUAAUGAUCCCGUUAAUGCAAAAUUGACUAAAAAUGGCGAUUACUCAUCUUUUUUCAUUCCAAAUGAAUUAGCAGUGUAUGAUAAUAAUUACAUCUUAGAGUAUCCAAAUGUACUAGAUCCUAAAAUAUAUCCAGAAUAUUCAGCCGGAAAGAUUUAUGAUGCCGCAGAGCUGUUUACAUAUUUCGCUAACAUGACCGAUAUCAACAAUGCUUCAAAACCAAACGUUCCAAACACCGUAACAUGGUCACGUCAUUGUCAAUUUCUUCCAUGGAUGGAAAUGGGUCCAACAAAAGGGUCUUUAUUUUAUAGCGCAUUAUCAUGGAAAUGUCUGAAUGGACUUUCCUGUGUGCCAAAAGACAUAAUUAAUAUUGUUUCUACAAAGUACAAAACUUUUUUAAAGGCUCCGAAAACGUUUGAUGACCCUAACGAGACGUCGUGGUCCGUCUUUAAAAAGAUAAUUGACAAUCGUCGACAUAACAAAUUACCGGAUAUAAUUAUACCACAAGUAAAUGUUUCGGUCAAUGUCUCAAUUGUUGAACCAUAUGUAGAUAACAGAAUUUUAAGAUGUCUAUAUCGGUCUAACUUUCGAGUAAAUUUCAAUGCCUCUAUACUAACACAAAUCUAUGGACAACAAUCAAUAAAUCUGCUUAAUUUAAAAGGUCAGGCAAAUAUUACUACCAGCAGAGUAACAUCCAACAGUGAAGCACAAAUGCAGGUUUCCACCAACGGACUAUUCAUUGACAGCAAAACAAAAAUGCCAAUCAGUAUAUGGUACAAUCCUUUUACAAACAAAACUGUUGAUGUUCCAAUCUUAAAUCUGACGGAAACAUGGAACUUAACAAAGGAUACAUCAUACAGUAUCAACAUGAAAGACAUCGAUUCUAUUGGCCUUUCAGUAGUGUCUGAACAAUAUAGCAACGCGAAAACUAACCAAAAUUGGUGUGUCUCAGUGACAAAUUUUAUUUUUCGAGAAGUGGAAUUACAGAAAACAAAAUCUAAAUUAUUUGGAUCAUUUCAUCGUUAUUCUAAUUGGUUUAAGUGGAUGGAAAUGGGUGAACAAGAGGGUACACUUGUUGUCAAGGCUAUUUUUUCAACAGAGUGACUGAAAUAGUCAAAUUUAUCAAUUACAUAUAAUUGAAUGCAUUAUUUUUUUAUAAUUGA